AGGAGAGGCUGGGCUGCCCAGAGGCGCUACCGUGGUACGCCAUCGACGCGACACCUCCCCAAGAGCACUAUGGCCCGGACGCUCGCCCUCCUCGCAGCGCCUCUGGCAGCCAGGGCCGCAAGCUGCCCCGCGGGCCCCGACGAGGCGCCGCGGACGGCGCUCACUGUCUCAUUCCCGCGGCACAGCUGCGAAACGGUGCGGAACGAAUUCAAGGCGCGCAUGGCGAUGGACCCCUCCUACCGCGUGACGGCCGAGGCGAGCGAUUCGCUCGCGGCGGCGCGGACCACGGACGCGACGCACGAUUUGUUCGCGUUCUCCUACGACGCCACGGUCCAGGACCAGCGCCAGGGGAGUCCCAAGGCGCGCGUCGCGGGCUGCGUGGUGAGCGCCUGCGGCGUCAAACUGAACUCGGGCGACGAGGAAGGCGAGCUCUACUGCGGCAUGCGCGACCUCUACUGCGGCGCGCGCGAGGACUGCGUCGCGCUUUUGGACUUCGGCGACUAUUUCGAGAGAAUAACGGAGCGAUCGCGAUCGCGCACCGACGCCGGGCGCUGCGUCGGCGGCGCGCAGCCGGCCUUCGACGGCUCGGUCCACCGGUACAACGACCAGCGCGGGGUCUCGGGCAACUACGGCCGGACAAUGCGAGAUCCGCAUUAUGGUACGCCUCAAUGGCAGAAGGAGUUCUGGGCGCCGAACACCGCGACGAUUCCAAACGGGGCGGACCCGAUCCGGAACCCGUACCCGUAUGCCAACGCUCCGCCGAACCCCGAGUAAGUCGUGUUGUUUUGU